UAACGCGAAGUCGAUAGACAUGUGGCCCUGGCCACCACGUGUCUCACCCCUGAGCAGGUGUUAAACGAAGAAGUACCUAGCUAGGAUUCCCGGCUGCAUGUUGCUUUAUCUCCUUCUUCUCCCUCAGCUUUCUGCUUCUCUGGUUUCUUUGCCACCUCUGGUUCCUCUUCCUCACUGACAUCAGGAAUAAUGGGUGCCCCUAAGAUAGGACAUGCUGCAUAUAAAGCUCCAAGUAUACUCAAGGAGAUCUUCUAUGGGAUAACUAUUGGGCUUGCGGCCGGUUACCUGUGGAAAAUGCAUCACUGGAACGAGCAAAGGAGGAGAAGGGAGUUUUAUGAUCUGCUUGAUGCAGGUAAAAUUACUACCGUCGUCGACGAAGACGAGUAGCUCUGCAUCUGGCUUCAGCUAUGAGUCUAGUUUUCACGAAUUCUGUGUGUGUUAAUCGAUAGUGGUAGAAGACUGGACUCUAAUAGCUAGUUAGACUCCUUUAUUUCGCAUGUUUGUUGUACCUCGUUAAUUAUUUGGGUUUGUAGUUGAUUACUUAGAGCUAGCUUUGUGUAGCAAGUGUUUCCUCUAAUCUAGCUUUGCAUGUCGAGAUUAGAUGUUAAUCUUCCCUCUACGAGCUGAAGAGCAGGGGCGGGGUCGUGAUUUUGAAAAGGAAACAGAAAUUCAAAGAAAAUUUUGGUAUUGAUUCCCACAGAUCUUUUUGUGUACUUAA